AUGUUGCGAAGUUUAGACACCACUCACCUCACCCUCCUUCGUUCCUUCCUCCGCUCUCCUUGUUGGUUUUCUUCUCAUUCCUCUUUCGCUUUCAAAACAAUCACUACACUCUCACAAUCUAAACCAUACUCUUUUCUUUCACUUUCCUCAACACAACAACAUGCAUCUUCCUUCACCCCGCCUCCUUUUCGCUCCUCCCUUAUACGCCGCGUUUCGUCUUUUCCUACACUCCACUGGAACGACGCCGUUUCUUGCUCCGAAGUUGAUGCUCAUGCUCAUGCUCAUUCCACUCAUGAUGGAACCCUCGAUCAGGAUACCAAACCUGCCAUUCCUGUUAGAGCUUUCUUCUUCUCUACCAGUGUUGAUUUAAAAAGCUUGGUGGAGCAGAACAAACCAAACUUUGUCACACCAUCAUCCCGUAUGACCAAUUAUGUAGUUCUCAAGUUUGGCAAUCUUAGCGAUUCCAAGGCUCCUGGUUCUUCUUUCUUGAAUGGAACAAAUGGCUGUUACAUGGUAGUUUUUCAGUAUGGCUCCAUUGUACUGUUUAAUGUCUGCGAACACCAGGUUGAUGGCUAUUUGAAAAUUGUUAGGAAACAUGCAUCUGGUUUGCUUCCUGAAAUGAGAAAGGAUGAGUAUGAAGUUAGAGAAAAAUCAGCUUUAAGCACAUGGAUGCUAGGAGGACUAGAUUACAUAAUGUUACAAUACUUGGACGUUGAUGGAAUUCGAACUAUUGGCAGUGUACUAGGUCAAAGUAUUGCUCUUGAUUACUAUGGCCGGCAGGUUGACGGAAUGGUUGCAGAAUUUACAGACAUAAAUCGUGAGAUGGAAGCGACUGGAAAGUUCAAGAUGCAAAGGAAAAAACUUUUCCAGUUGGUUGGCAAGGCAAAUUCAAAUCUUGCUGAUGUGAUUCUAAAGCUUGGACUAUUUGAGAGAUCAGAUAUCGCAUGGAAAGAUGCCAAAUAUGGUCAGAUAUGGGAGUAUCUCAGGGAUGAAUUUGAGUUAACUCAGAGAUUUGCAAGUCUUGAUUUCAAGUUGAAAUUUGUGGAGCACAAUAUCCGAUUUCUACAAGAAAUUCUUCAAAACAGGAAAUCUGAUUUCCUAGAGUGGCUCAUUAUUGCAUUGAUUGGUGCCGAAAUUCUGCUAUCCCUAUAUGACAUUGUUCAACGGUCUGCAAUGAAUCUUUAG